AGAGGAGCUGCAUUUGGUCUUCUGCAGUUCUGGAGAAGCACCCAAGAGCAGCAGCAGCAGGAGGAGGAGACCCACACGGAGGGAGACCCACACAGAGGGAGACCCACACCUCAGACGGACCACAGAAAUCCUGAAUAUUGGCUUGUGAAUUUUUCUGCUUGUCUGAAUAUGGCUGGGAAAAGCACAGAACUGAGGAUUGCCCUGGUGGGCAAAACUGGAGCUGGGAAAAGCGCAACAGGAAACACCAUCCUGGGGGACAAAAGGUUUUCAUCCUUCUCGUCCCCUUCCUCAGUGACAGCAAAAUGCCAGAAAGAGGACACGGUCAUUGGUGGUAGGAGAAUUGUGGUGGUUGAUACGCCUGGCUUUUUUGACAUAAAUGUUCCAGAAGAUGUGACCUCCAAGGAAAUCAAGACCUGCGUGAAGCACAUCUACCCAGGAGCCCAUGUCAUCAUACAAGUCAUGCAACUGACUCGUUUCAGCAAGGAGGAGAAAGCCGUUGCUCAGUUGAUCCAGAAGAUCUUCAGCUGCAAAGCCAAGGACUACAUGAUCAUCUUGUUCACCCGCAAGGAAGACCUGGAAGGUAGGCCUUUGAAAGCAUUCUUGGCGGAGGGAGACCAGGAUCUGCAGAACCAGAUCGCUCAGUGUGGAGGGAGAUGCCUGGCUUUCAACAACAAGGCGAAAGGGCAAGAAAGGGAGGAGCAGGUGACCGAACUGCUUGGGAUGAUCGACCACCUGGUCGAAAGGAACAAGGCAGCCCCCUGCUACACGGAAGACAUGCUAGAGGUGGACCAAGAAGAGAUUGAGAAGAUGAAGAGGAAAAUACGAAAGGAAGUGGAAAGGGAAAUUAAUGAAGAAAACAGAAGAAAGAAAGAAGAAGAGUCUGGCUCAAUAUGCAACAUACUGUAAUGCAUCUAGUGGGAAUGAUCCAGUGAUUCUCUAGUGAGAAUUAAACACCAGAACAUUUUCACUCUCGGUAGGGAUGUGCUGAAAUGCCUCCGUCUGCCCUGAUUUCCACUUGUACUUUCAGCCACUGCAAUUGGUUUAUUUUGCACAAAUCAGUAUUCCGUUUUGUCAUCUACUAAUGUGGAAAUGCAUAUAGUUUCAUAUAUUUUUUUCAUAGCACGCAAUAGACACUCAGUUGAUCAACGUGUAUUUACAAUUCAACUACCUUGCUUGCAUGGUGCCUUUCAAAAUUAAGGGCUUUAAGUUCCACUGAAUUCGACAAGUCGUUCCCACUAAUUCGGGUUAGGAUUUCAGCCAUUCUCCCUACCUUAAUUUCACAGUUCAGUUUAAGUUUGUCAUUCUAUCUCAUUUCCCUCACUCGGACACAAGGGAGGGACAGUUUAGCUGAAAGUGAAGAAAACUUUAGUGCUGGGGAAGGAAAGAAAAUUUAAAUUUAAUUUUACUUUUUGAUUAAGUUUUGGGGUGCUGAAAAACAGGCAGCCAAAUCCAGGUGGUUCUCCCCCCCCCCCUUCAGCAAAGAUGCUCAGACUUUAACUUGAGAAGACAGGUAAAAAUUCCACAGAAUUAACAAAAGCCAUCACUUCUAAAUUUCUUUCAGGUGGAUGGAAAUUGACAUGUGCUAUGAAAUAAUUCCUGAAUGUAUUUAAAUAUGCAACACACCUGUGUAUUGAACAAUGUUUUCUUGUUUAUGCUUAUAAUGCUUACUGUGGAAAUAUAAUAAAAAUUCAAUGCAUGUUCCAAAGCCUUUAAAAAGGUGUGGGGAAGUCAGGGAAAUAUGUUAUAG